UAAAAAUUGGCAGCAAAUGUAACGCAACGAAGAUGAAAAAACAAUUCUUCAGACAUUUUACCAAUUCAACCAGAGCCAAUUAAACUGCUGUGAACGGUUGAUAUAAAGACACUUUAGUUAACACGCUAAAUUCAAACACCCGCCGAACGAACAUGGAUACCAAAAAACCACCCUGUAGCCCGAAUAGCAAUGCUCCGUUUAAAAAAUUCAUCAGAGAUUUACACCGAUUUACAGAACGACCCGUUCAAACCGAUAAUUCUGAUGUGAAGAAACACAUUGCGUCAUUUAAGGAUAUGUAUGAUAAAUGCGACAACAAGAGCAGUGUAAACGAAUUGUUGUCCCAGGCAUGUGGUUUAAUCACCAAACUGUACGUAAAAUUAGCAGAAUACGUGUACGCCAAUGAGCGGAAUUACAUCCAAGAAUUCUAUUGUCAUUGGAAACAAAUUUUGUGUCAUGCGGAUCCAACAUCGCGUUCAAAAUAUUGCGAGCGCAGCCUUCCCGAAAUGCACACUUCUCUCACACAUUUACGCUCGGCUGAAAAUCGUAUGGAACAAAUUGCGAUUAUAGAUGUUCUGUCUCUUUAUUGUGAAUACGCGAACCUGCAAGACAUCGAUUAUGAUCAAAUCGCAAUCAACGGUCUUCGCGAAAUUGCCUAUAUUGCGAGAAAAAAGUCACCGAAGGCCACACACAACUUCCUGAAUUACCUUAAUGUCGACGGGGAUAAAAUCUUCACUAUUAAACCUUCGAUAGCAUCAGCAGUAAAUUUUCAGUUGGAUGCCCUAUAUCAGUUACAAGAAGUUUGGCUUGAUUUCAACCUAAAGGAUUCAAGUAUUGCGUUUGUGGUUUAUUCUUCAACGAGUGAAGAUCUACUCUGUUCUGGCACCGCUAUUAAUCCUGAAAUUCGGCACUUAUUACUUGACGGAAAUUAUAUGCUUCUAUGCAAAGGAUUUAAUUUAACGCAUCCUGUUGGUUUUCGAACGCCUGACACGCCCAAAAUUGUGUUUGCUUGCCGGAUGGCAGACAAAGUUAAAGUAAAUUCAUUCAAGAGCAGCUUCAACAUUGCAGUAGGCGUCAAAAUUGUUUCAUUCCAUUCACUAAUAAUUUAAUUUAUAUUUUAGGAAUACCCGAAAUACGAUGCUCAAUCUGGAGAUGGUCUUGUGGACAUUUUUAGCGACCUGACCAUACCAGAGACGGAUUGAUUGAUUUUUGUAAUGACGAUAUUUAUUCUUUUAAAAUAGAGACAAACUACAAACUUUAAGUCGCCCUGUAACGAACUAUUGGUUUUUUAGUUGAAAUUUGCAUAUCUUUGAAGCAAACUAUUUAUACUUAUACAGAUGAAGAAUAAAAGGAAUUAAUGUCUAAAA